CAGGAAGUGCGACCUUGGUGCUGAUCAGGAUAAAAAUCUGAGCGGCUAAAGGUGGAGUCCACCAGAACAUCAGCAAAGAAGAAGAAGACAGUCUGCACCUCUACCAGUCACAGCACCUGAUCGAUACCUCCAGACCUGAUCUCCAGCGGAGCCUCAGGAUCCUUCACCAACCAAGCCCAGCCAAGAGGUCUGAAACAGCCACGACACGGGUCUGAAAGCGGUCCAGCCAGGACGGGGAAUCAAACCAGCAGCAUGUUUCCAGCGAGCUGCUCCUCCAAAGCGACGGCUGCCUGUGCUGUCAUGAUGAUGAUGAUGAUGAUGGCUGAUGCUGCAGCAAUGCCGAAAACAACAAAAUCCCACAGGAUGUCCACUGAUGGUGCAACAGUAGAAACCGUCCCCUUGCUGUUGGACCCCAGCGCUUUGGUUCACCCCAGAAACCUCCGCCCGCUGGAGAACGCCUCCAUCUCUCCGUGGACGUACAACGUCACCAGCGACUCCUCCCUCUUAACGCCGCUGAUGUCGGAGGCUCACUGCCUGCUGACCGGCUGCCUGAACCUGGAGGGGAAGGAGGACCAGAACCUGAGGUCUGUGCCCAUCAAGCACCAGGUUCUGGUGCUGAGACGGAUCAAGCCGAAGGUGGGACACAGCUACCACUUCCGCCUGGAGAGCCGCCUCAUUGCGGUGGGCUGCACCUGCGUGCGGCCCAUGGUUCAAGUCCAGUAGCAAAGACCAACAGGGGGCAGUCUACUUCCUGUCAGGACUGGCCUCCAUAAGGAAGCCUGACUGGGCCAAAAUAAAACUAUUACAAUACUGAAGAUGAACAACAAAAGUAGAAGGUUUCAUUUAAAGACUUUUCUACGGCAUACUGUUAUGAUGUUGUCAUGGACACGAUGAUGUCAUCCUGCUGUUUUUGAGUGUCGCCUGCAUGUUGCGCCGUGAGGUGACAUCAUUUUACGCAGAAACUACGCACUGACCAGAUGAUUCAUAUUUAUGGUUUAGGUUUAUUUAACUUAGUUUUAUUUAAGUCUUUUAUGACCUUCAGCAGGUACUUGUGAAAUUAUCUUGAUGUAUUUAUUUUUUUUACCAAAGCUGCAGAGUCAAUAAAAACG